AUGAACGUCUUGGGUUACCUGUGCCCUGGACCACAGGUAACCCAAGACAUUCAUUUCGUUUCGGAUACACUUCGCCUUUCUGAGGACAAGGUUCCUGGCGAUGAGGACAAGGUUCCUGGCGCUGAGGACAAGGUUCCUGAAGCUGAGGACAAGGUUGCUGGCGCUGAGGACAUUUUUCAUAAAAAUAGAUAAAUGAACGUCUUGGGUUACUGUGCCCUGGGCCACAGGUAACCCAAGACAUUCAUUUCGUUUCGCAUACACUUCGCCUUUGUGAGGACAUUUUUCAUUAAAAAUAGAUCAAUGAACGUCUUGGGUUACCUAUGCCCUGGACCACAGUAACCCAAGACAUUCAUUUCGUUUCGGAUACACUUCGCCUUUCUGAGGACAAGGUUCCUGACGCUGAGGACAAGGUUCCUGACGCUGCGGACAUUUUUCAUUAAAAAUAGAUAAAUGAACGUCUUGGGUUACCUGUGCCCUGGACCACAGGUAACCCAAGACAUUCAUUUCGUUUCGGAUACACUUCGCCUUUCUGAGGACAAGGUUCCUGACGCUGAGGACAAGGUUCCUGACGGUGAGGACAAGGUUCCUGGCGCUGAGGACAAGGUUCCUGACGCUGAGGACAAGGUUGCUGGCGCUGAGGACAUUUUUCACUAA